AUGUCUUUGGAAGAUAAAGAGCAGCAUGCUCUCUCUCCGAGGGAAUUACCUGAAGAAGUCUACAGUCUUCCAUCUGAGCCCCCCCUGGAAAUGCAAAGGAGAUCAAGCACUGACUUCAAGCAGUUGGAGACCAAUGAUGGAUGCAGACAUUAUCGUAGGAUUCAUAUGAAACCUCGGGAGAAACCAGAUAUUAACAUCAAAAAAGUUGUCAUCAGAAAGCUUCAGAAGAGUUGCCAGUGUAGCCUAGGCAAAGUCAGAAAUAUGAUUUUUGAUUUCUUUCCUGUUUUGCGGUGGCUCCCAAAAUAUGAUCUCAAGAAAAACAUUUUAGGUGAUGUGAUGUCUGGCCUGAUUGUGGGCAUACUUUUGGUGCCCCAGUCUAUUGCUUACUCCCUGUUGGCUGGCCAAGAGCCUAUCCAUGGUCUGAAUACAUCAUUUUUUGCCAGCAUCAUUUAUUGCCUGUUUGGUAUCUCACGCCACAUCUCGGUGGGCAUUUUUGGAAUACUGUGCCUUAUGAUUGGUGAGGUAGUUGACUGAGAAGUACAUAAAACCUGCCCUGACAUUGUGGCUACAUCAUCUUCAAUAGCAUUGGUUUCAAAUGGAUCCGAGUUAGUAAACCAUACAUUAGACAGACUUUGUAACAAAAGUUCUAAUGCAAUUAAAAUUGGCAGUACUGUGGCCUUCAUGGCUGGAGUUUGUCAGGUAGCAAUGGGCUUCUUUCAAGUGGGCUUUGUCUCUGUCUACCUCUCAGAUGCCUUGCAGAGUGAGUUUGUCACGGGUGACUUCUUCACCAUUCUGACAUCUCAGGCCAAGUACCUCCUUGGGCUGAGCCUUCCUCGGAGCACUGGUAUAGGCUCAGUCAUCACUACCUGGAUUCACAUCUUCAGAAACAUUCAUAAGACCAAUGUCUGUGAUCUUGUCACCAGCCUUUUGUGUCUUCUGGUCCUUUUGCCAACCAAAGAACUCAACAAACACUUCAAGGACAAGCUCAAGGCACCGAUUCCAACCGAGCUCAUUGUCGUUGUGGCAGCCACAUUGAGCUCAAGAAGGAAACCGUGA